UCAAAGGCCCGCCUCACCUCUUCGAACCCUAGAAUCCAAGAGGAAAUAUACAUUACAUAGCUAUAGAUAUUUUUCGUACGGAAGCUUAGUAUCGGUAGCCAUGGAUAUGCAGAGCGACUUCGAUCGGCUCCUCUUCUUCGAGCACGCUCGCAAGACAGCUGAAGCAACAUACGCCAAGAACCCUCAGGAUGCCGAUAACUUGACGAGGUGGGGAGGAGCGCUGCUUGAGUUAUCUCAGUUCCAGAGCGUGCCCGAUUCAAAGAAGAUGAUUCAAGACGCGAUCUCGAAGCUGGAGGAGGCGUUGAUGCUGAAUCCCAAUAAACACGACACCCUUUGGUGCCUGGGAAAUGCUCACACUUCUCAUGCGUUUCUGACUCCUGAUCAGGAUGAGGCCAGGGAUUAUUUUGACAAGGCAUCUCAAUACUUUCAGCAAUCUGUUGAUGAGGAUCCAGGGAAUGAUCUUUAUCGCAAGUCUUUAGAAGUGGCAGCUAAGGCUCCUGAACUACACAUGGAGAUCCAUAAACAAGGUUUUAGUCAACAGGCGAUGGGUGCAGGGUCCUCUACUUCUACUGGUACAAAGACUUCGAAGAAAAAGAAGAGUAGCGAUCUCAAGUAUGACAUAUUUGGAUGGAUAAUCCUUGCUGUUGGCAUUGUUGCAUGGGUAGGCUUUGCUAAAUCCCAUGUGCCACCACCUCCUCCAAGAUAAGCAGUGUUGGUAUGUAUAUCAGGUACUUUGGAGAUGAAACAACCAUCAGAGGUUCGAGAAGAUUGAGAACUACAUGGUUUAUUCCAUGUACAAGUUAAUUUUUUAAUGAAGUCGUGUUUUCCAAAUGUAAACUGAUUAAUAAGUAGCUGUCAUCCAUAUGAAAUAUUAAUUUUUAAUCUCGGUGAAUAUUGGCUGAGAAGCUUUAGGUUUUUCAAAUUUUAUGUUUGCCAUGUGUCAUUGUUGUGGUACAGCCUUGUUUCUUUUUCAUUACCACAUUUUAGAGGAUGUAGUUAAGGCUGAGAUUCACUGCCUGGUAAA